AUGCUGAGGCUGACAGCAGCGCUGCAGCACUGGCACUACAAGGCCUGGCAGCGGUCGACUGCGGGUUAUUUGCGCACUUUCAUGAAAAACAAACUGCCCAACAACGAGCUCAUCGGAUAUGUCAUAAACGACAAACACCCCAAGUCCAUCCGCGUGGCUUGUGACAGGUACAUGUACGUGGUGCGUUAUAAAAAGACCUUUCGGUACACGAAGAAGGUGUGGGCGCACGACGAGGCCGGGGAGGCGCGGCUGGGCGAUGUGGUGCGGCUGCAGCCGCUGGGCCACCGCAUAGGCCCUUGGAAGAACUAUUUGCUGCUGCAGGUGCUGCACAGGGAGCCGCGGGAGGCUUCGCCGGCGCUGGAGUGA